GCCAACUGAUCCCACACACAAAUUACUACGUACUCAUUCGCAAAGCUAAGCUAGAAUUAACCGAUCGAAUCCGGCCAGCCAGCCAGCCGCCAUGAAGGUAGUCGUGGCCGACUCAGCUGAUGAGGCGACCAGGAGGAGCAGCAGGAGGUACGCGCUGCUUCUGGCGGCGCAGGACUCGGAGUACGUGCUCAAGGCGUACGGCGGCUACUUCAACGUCUUCGUGAGCGCCUUCGGCGGCGGCGAGUGCAAGGAGGAGGAGGCGUGGGACAUGUUCCGGGCGGUGGACGGCGAGCUCCCGGCUGCGGAGGCCCUGGCGGGCUACGACGGGUUCGUGAUCAGCGGCAGCCCGCACGACGCGUACGCGGACGAGCUGUGGAUCCUGCGGCUGUGCCUCCUCGUCCGGGACCUCGUCGCCGCCCGGAAGCGAGUCCUCGGCAUCUGCUUCGGCCACCAAGUGAUAUGCCGCGCUUUGGGGGGCCGCGUGGGGAAGGCGAGGACCGGCGGCUGGGACAUCGGCAUCAGGGAGGUGACCAUGGCGCCCACGCUGCCGCCCUGUGGCUUCCUCCACGGCCUGCCCCCUUACGCCAAGAUCACCGAGUGCCACCAGGAUGAGGUCUGGGAGGCGCCGGAGGGCGCGGACGUGCUGGCGUGGUCGGACAAGACCGGCGUGGAGAUGUUCUGCGUGGGCGACCGCGUGCUCGGCAUCCAGGGACACCCGGAGUACACCGGCGACAUACUCCUCAGCCUCAUCGACCGCCUCGCCUCCAGCGACUCCAUCACCAUGUCAUUUGCGGAGGCCGUCAAGAGGCAGCUGGAGGCUACUGGCCCUGACAGAGAGUUCUGGCUCAAGCUCUGCAAGAGUUUCCUCAAGACUGAAGAAGCAUGAUGCACAUAUAUAUCUAUCAUCAUAAAUAAACUUCUGGCAAUUGAAGAUCUAGCAUACAAUUUUGUUGCGGGGAAUCGGGAUUAGCGUGUGCCAAUGUUCUACGAUAGCGCACAAAGCUGUAAUAAACCAAGCUUGGUUGUCAACUUUAUGUACAGGCUCAUGCAAAGGGAAAAAAAAGAUUGUACGGAAGAGGGCCUCCACGGCUCCUCUUCCCAAGUGAGGCCACUUCUCCUAAAUAA